GCCAGCAAUCGGAGCGAAGAUACGGGGUCAUAUGAUGAGCCGCGGCGGCGAGCCUCUGUCACAUGACCGCCGCUGGCAGCUAAAAUCACAGGAGAGUGCGGUGACAGGGCUAUGCUGUCCGAGAUUGCACCUUUUUGUUUGCGACAUUAAAAGUUUGGUGCUAAUGAUUUCGUUCGCGUGAUAUUUUGUUUUGUCGGCGUGUCAUUCGGCAGACGGCUUCUCCUUUAGCAUUUUUCAUCUCUCUGCUCUUAAAUACACAGCAUUGUGGCAAACGGGAAUGGUUAAGGAGUAUUCUUACCGGCUGCAGCUUGGAUCCGGAAUGAUCUGAACUGACGCUUCCUUGUUCUUCAGCUGAAGUUUUACUAUUGGCAAGCUAGCGGAGCAGAUCCACGGACACGAUGUCGGAAAGGACGCCGCUCCUCCACUAUCGGCUCUCGGCCAGUGUCAACGAGUCGGACCCCCAGCGCGUCGUGCAGGAGCGCGGCGCCGCCGCCGGUCCGGCGGCCCCCGGCCCCUCACGCCGGAGACAGAGCGCCCAGCCGCAGAAACUGACCACCUUCUUCGGCGUGGUCAUCCCCACCCUGCUGUCCAUGUUCAGCGUGGUCGUGUUCCUCAGAAUAGGGUUCGUGGUGGGCCAAGCUGGGCUGUACCAGGCUAUUGCCAUGUUCUUGGUGGCGUACCUCAUCAUCAGCAUGACCGUGCUAUCGGUGUGCGCCAUCUCUACCAACGGAGCGCUGGACGCCGGCGGAGCCUACUACAUGAUCAGCCGAGCCAUGGGGCCAGAGUUUGGGGGCAGCAUCGGGAUCAUGUUCUUCUUUGCCAACGUGUGCGGCAGCGCCCUCUUUGUGCUGGGGCUGGUAGAGGCCAUCAUCGACACCUUCGGCAUACAAGCAGACACGGCAGGGGUUGGUGGGGUGCGUGUCCUGCCCAGCUCGUACUGGUGGGCGCUGCUAUACGGAACAGGCAUCCUCCUGCUGUGCCUGCUGGUCUGCCUGGUGGGCGCCCACAUCUACGCCAAGGCCACCUUCCUCAUCUUCCUCAUCGUCAUUGUGGUGCUGGCCACCAUCUUCAUCAGUUUCUUCGCAGUGGGGCCGCAUGCUGUGCCCCUCCCCCAGACCCACGCCAACAGCACCGUUUCCUACGCCAACUUCACGGGCUUCAAGCUCAGCACGCUGCAGGGGAACCUGGGACCCAAGUACACUGUGGAUUACACCACUGGCACCCAAAUGACCUUCGCCACCGUAUUCGCGGUCAUGUUCAACGGCUGCACAGGAAUCAUGGCUGGAUCCAACAUGUCAGGUGACCUGAAGAACCCCAGCUACUCCAUCCCGCGAGGCACCAUCACCGCCGUCAUCUUCACCUUCAUCAUCUACAACCUGCUCAACGUGCUGGUGGCCUGUACCUGCGAUUUCCUCCUCCUGCAGAAGGACUACAGUUUCCUGAGGGACAUCAACUUAUGGCACCCCUUUGUCACCAUCGGGAUCUACUCCUCCACCCUCUCUGCCGCCAUGAGCAACCUCAUCGGGGCGUCGCGUAUCCUGUACGCCCUGGCCCGGGACGACCUCUUUGGGCGGGUGUUAUCCCCGGCGAAAAGGACCUCUCGCAGUGGCAAUCCCUGGGUGGCUGUGCUGAUCUCCUGGUUUCUGGUUCAGAUGGUGCUGUUUGCAGGGAAGCUCAAUACCAUUGCAGGCAUUGUCACCAUCUUCUUCCUGCUGGUGUAUGCUGCUGUUGACCUGGCCUGCCUGGCACUGGAGUGGGCAUCUGCUCCCAACUUCAGGCCUACCUUCCGAUACUUCACCUGGUACACCUGUGUUCUGGGCAUCGUGGGCUGCAUGGUGAUGAUGUUCCUCAUCAACCCGAUCUACGCCUCCGCCAGUAUCGCCUUCAUGCUCCUGCUGCUCCUGGUCAUCCACUACCUGUCCCCCAACAGCAGCUGGGGCUACAUCAGCCAGGCCCUCAUCUUCCACCAGGUGCGGAAGUACCUCCUGAUGCUGGACGUGCGGAAGGAUCAUGUGAAGUUCUGGCGGCCGCAGAUCCUGCUGAUGGUGGCCAACCCUCGCAGCAGCACCCACCUCAUCUCCUUCAUCAAUGACAUCAAGAAGAGCGGCCUGUACGUGCUGGGCCACGUGGAGCUGGGGGACCUGGAGACGCUGCCUUCAGAUCCCCUGCAGUCCCGCUAUGACUCCUGGCUGUCUCUGGUCGACCGGCUCAACAUCAAGGCCUUUGUCAACCUCACGCUGGCCGACUCCGUCAGGCACGGCGUGCAGCACCUCCUCUUCAUCUCAGGCCUGGGUGGGAUGAGGCCCAACACCCUGGUCUUGGGUUUCUAUGACGACUGCCCACCUAAGGACCAGCUCCUGGAGAGACAGACUUUAUCAGGCAGCUCGUUGGACAUCCUCUCCUCUGGGAUGGACCCCGAGGAAGUGACGCAGUUCAACUUCCCUGCACUGCGGGGCAGCAGCGAGGGAGAUGGGCAGGCCAAAGUGCUGUUGGCGGAGGAGUAUGUAGCGGUGAUCGCCGACGCCGUGAAGAUGCUGAAGAACGUGGCCCUGGCGCGGUACUUCUGCCGCUUUGACCGGGCGGAGGUGCUGGGGCGGCGAGGCGGGCUCUUCGUGGACGUCUGGCCUCUCAACCUGAUGAGGCCCGACAGCAGCAGCUACGUGGACACCUGCAGCCUCUUCCUGCUCCAGCUGGCCUGUGUGCUCAAUAUGGUGCGGGCCUGGCGCAAGGCCCAGCUGCGCCUGUUCCUGUGCGUGGAGUCGGGGCACAGCACGCGCGGGCCGGAGGAGAAGCUGGGCCAGCUGCUUCGCAAGCUGCGCAUCAAGGCCGCCAUCCACACGGUGCCCUGGGACUCCGUGGUGGCGCUGCACUGGCACAAACAAGGCGGAGAAACCCGAGAGACGGGCGUGCAGAAAGCCGGGAGAGAGGGGCUGGAGGAGGAAGGCGACUUCGUUAACAGCUUCCCCAGCAAUGCCACCCGCCUCUCGGAUGAGUACCUCCGCGCCGCCAACCGCCUGGUGCUGGAGCAGGCCUUCCCCCCUCCGGCCGUGCGCUUCCUGUACCUGCCCCGCCCCCCCGCCGACACCCGCCUGUACCAAACCUACCUGCACCAGCUGGACGUGCUGACCCGGGAUCUGGGGCCCACGCUGCUCAUCCACGGGGUCACCCCUGUCACUAGCACUGACCUCUGACCCCCGACUGGGCCACGGCACAGACUGGCGUGUUGCAUUUCAAGUGAGCCCAGCGUCACCCUCAGCACUUACAUACAGAGAGAGGUGAAAGGGGGAAUGAGAAAGAUUAUAUGCCGUCUGUUCCUUUUUUACAGGACUUACGCUUCAUUUUAUUGUUCUUGCUUACUUUCUCACUGCCAUCAUUGUAGAUAAUCUUGGGAAGUGCCUGUGUCGUUAUAGGGGAGGACUGUGGGUGUCGGCACCAGGGUGUAUCCGGCGCUUUCUGGUGCGGAGUCAGCCCCCCCACAGCCUCUGCUCCUGCCCUUCUCCCACUGGGAAAUCCUCCCAGGCAGCUGGCUUGCACUCUCCUGUGCUCCUGGGUGUGGAGGCGAGCAUGCAGUAUAGUGUCAAUACGGGCUCUUUGCACUCGUCCUGGCAGUCCCAGCCAGCACCCAUGAAUCUAGGGCUGCUGGAGGCCUGGGCCGGGUAUUGAGUUCAGGAGGUGCAAACCCCUGGUCAAGACAGUUGCCCUUUUCUGCGGUUUGGCUUGAAUGUUGUUUUUUUUAUCAUCACAAAUGUGACGCCUUACUUACAACAUUAUCUACAAGUUUUACUGUAGUGCGGGGAACGCGCUGCUGAUGCGCUGGUGACUCGGUCAAAGGGUACGAUAAAGUUUACACUGUUCCGGUCCUCCACUGCGCUGCACUUUAGCACGUCACGUGGCAUACAGUAGAUGCCAGUUAGUUAAACCACUUCACUGCACUUAUGUGUUUAAAUGUCCUUUUCAUGGAACGCAGAGCCCAGACAUCCCUUUCUGUACCUGAGCUUUGUGAGGGGCAGAACUUUUUUUAUAGUAAUCAAGCUUUUGUGCCAAAUUGGAAGUAACAGUCACGUUUUUAUAGGUACACUAUUUUGUUGGUCUGCUUUGAGGUGACAAAAGGCCUUGCCUCACUGUUGAGAGAUGUGGAAUCCUGUUUCUGUAUGAAGUCCGAAUAGAGAGAUGGAAACUUCAGGUCUGGACUGUUUGAGGAUUUUGAAUUGGAGUGGUUUGAGUUGACUUCUACUUGAAGAGAGAAAAGAGGGACUGAAUCUCCUACUGAGCACAACACUAUAUCAAGGAGACGGGAAGCCAUAAGACAUCUCUCACAGAACUGGGAAAGACGGGCGAAAUCUGGAGAAAAGAUGGCUUGUUUCCAAAGUUUAAACCCCCAGAAUGUGUCGGCGUGUUGCUGUCUCACACCAAGGAGAGGAAACUGCACAAGCUUAAGAAAGAUGAGCUACUGUGACUUUAAUACUUUCUGCAAAAAAUUAAAUCUUGUACGUCAUAUGUACUGUAUGCCCCAGCAUGUGAAGACACCAAGGAAUUACUUAGUCAGAGAGCACUCUGCUCAGGAUUUGGGGAAGAAAAAUGGCAGCAUAGCCAUUUAAAACCAACAAAUUUUUCAUUGUCUGUGAAAGCAGUAUCGCAGCCGAUCAGAUAUACCGUAAUAAAGAAAUACCCUGUUCAUGUAGUAAGCUUAAGCUUUCAAUUAGAGGGAGUGACACAGCGGGCGUGUCAUUACUUUCCUCUUUCUUCGUACGUUUAUAUCCCAAUGCCAUGGAAAACCGGGUUCCACUUAAUAAGCAAUAGAAAAUUUGACCCCAACAAUAACAAGAGGCGGCUUGCCUUUACGGUGUCACUUUUUUUAAAGGCAGCUGUGUACAGAAAUGGUAAAAAUCUAGAAAACCAAGUCAACGGCUUUGCACUGCAAAACAGCACAGAGAUCCUAAGGUGGGAGUCACAGGAGUGGACGUGCUGCAGAGCCUGCCAGCUGGAAUAACGUUUCAAUCAGCCUCAUCAUAUUAAAGCAAUAAUCAGGCAAUCCGCUUCCUUACAACUGUUUUAAUUAACCUAUUUAGCAUGUGAAAAUGUCACAUUUGUCAUAGAAUGUAAUAGCCCUGUGGAACAAUUACAUUUUGGGCGCCUGCAUAAACAGCAUUCCCUUUAUAUAUAUUGAGCAUUUGAUUUGAUUUUCUUUUUCUUUUUUUAAUUUAAACAGCAAAAUAAUUUCCUCGCGUCAGUUUUUCAUGACGUUCAGCUUUGAAAGCGAAGGACACAACAGACCACUUGUACUGUUAGCGGCUCGUUUUCUUAAAUGCGAGCGCUGAGCCAGAACACUUACAGUAAUUGGCACCAUUUGUGUUCCAAACAGGCACCCCUCUCCCCACUUGCUCUGUGUAGCUCUAAGCACCAGGUGACACAGCAUGGCACAGGUCUGUGUGUCUGUUGAGGCACAAGAAAUUGGGGUCCCCCCAAACCUCACUUAUGUGACAAAAGAAGUGAGAUCGUACAAAAACGCCUAAUUUCACCCUAGCCCCUAUAACAGUGGGGAUUUCUGUAGGGAGCAUGCUGAACUGAAAUCUCCACAGAGGAGAGUAAUGACUCUGUUCCCUAUAGAAUAUUUAAAGAGGAACAUAAUGCUUCAUCCAAUCUCUAGUGCACAGAAGAAAAUUGAGAUUUAAAAAAAAAAACUUUAUUUCAAUAACCGGCUAUCACCAACUCUGAAUUGCAUUAAUAGGUAAGAGCUCCUCCUGCCUAUUUAACAAAAUAUAAAAUAAGAAAUUAAAGCAAUUUAUGCUAAUUAAUGAACUGAGAGACAGGCAGUCCCUGGACUAUACUGCUUUAGCUUGGUGGCAAGCCAGCGGCCUUUUACAUCUCAGUCAUUCCAGUCCCUACUAAAACAUAUACAGUACUCCCUCUUGUAACUCCAGUGUCCAGACUGUGUGAGUACUCCUACAGUGAAGUGCAAGGGCAUUCAGUAAGGGGGUUUAUUAAAGAUCAGCUCUUUUAGAACCAGAGCUCUUCUAUUUUUUAAUGAGUUUCAUUUUCUGUUAAUCACGUAGCUGAAAAGCCUGGUGUGCCUUGUGCUGGUUUGAAAGCAUCUUUGCAGUUUAAUACUCUCCUUCCCCUUCGUUGACAUUACUUUGCAUGAGCACUCUACUCAUGUCCUCUGUCCCAGACGGUGGCCCGGGCCUCUCUAAGUGGUACUCUGUGUUGGCCUGGGCCUCUCUAACUGGUACUCUGUGCUGGUCUUGGGCCUCUCUAACUGGUACUCUGUGCUGGUCUUGGGCCUCUCUGGGCAGUGCUCUGUGCUGGCCCUGGGCCUCUCUAAGUGGUGCUCUGUGCUGGCCCUGGGCCUCCCUGGCAGUGUUCUGUGCUGGCUCUGGGCCUCUCUAAGUGGUACUCUGUGCUGGCUCUGGGCAGUGCUCUGUGCUGUAAUGCACAGUAACAUCAGUUUUGCUUGCAGUGUUUCAAAACAGGUUAAAUUUUAAAGCUUUGUGUUUUUGAUUGAAUUUUUGGAAAUGCAGAAGUUAACCUGUCUUUAUUCAUUUAAUUUCUAGCCGUGGGAGAUGAGGAUAAGCACAACUGUGAAAUGUCUUAGUGCUAGAACAUUAGAUUUCUUUUAUAGUCUUUUAAUUGCUCACAUAGGUUCCGUUGUGUCUUAUCUCCUGCCUUCUUCCCUUUUAGAAACUGUUAAAAUCUUUCAAACUACCACACACUCGCCAGCCUCCUGCCUAGUUUCAGAUUUAAAAUCCCACCACACAAAGGAUGAAUGAUUGACCAUAGAGGGAUGAUUGCCACACCAGCACUGAACCAUGCGAUCCAAACGCUGAAAACUGUUUGAAUUUUAAAGAUGCCCGUUAAAAGAAGCGCUUUGAGAAAAUCUUUUUGGGGCAGCUCUAGCAGUGAGACAGUUUUCUCUUUCAUCCAAACUCCACAAGCUGUGCACAAAAUAAGAAAAGAGUCACACCUGCUGGUCUUGUACUGCUGAAUGCAAGAUGAGCGGUGUCAGGGUGACUGAUAGAGAGGAGGCCGGGUAGCUGUAGCGCUCUGUGAGGUCAGGCUCCAAUGGGAGAAGCUGUCUGCCGCUCUGUAGGCGAGGUUGUGGUGACCUGCCUGGUUCUUUAGGCCGGCUCUCUACCAGCCAGUCAGAUAGAGCGUGUGUCUGUGUUGAGGGCUGCAUCUGACACUUUAAUAUCCAAGCGUGGUCACCAUGCCCUUAUCAGAGCUGCACUGUGUGUGCUGAAGUAUUUUGAGACUAGCUCCUUUUCCCCCAUCAAAUUCUGUUUGAGCUUGUAUAAAGGCUUCAGACUGUGAGCUUCUCUCUCCCAAAUCUUCAGUUCUGCGUUCUUGAAUUUGCCCGCUUCAAUUUCUUCUGCUUCCUGGGAUCCUUAAGCAGGGAGAGGUAACUUCAGUCCGGGCAUCCGUUUCUGGUUUUCAGUCUGUCUCGGCCCUUAAAGACUUCAUUGAACUAAUUCAGUAGUUGCAGUAUGAAGCCACGUCAGCUGUUUUCUAGGUCUUCAUUAUUGGUGUAAGUGAAAAGUGCUUCUUGGAACUCAGGAACCUGUCCUGGGUAGACUGGAGUUACCUGCCCCUGCUUGAGGGGAUAAACUUGUAGCUUGAAGGCUGUUUGUUGGUGAAGGCUGGAGGAGACCACAUACAUUUUGUGCGUUAUGUACAAGUGUCUUCAUGCUUGUGAUGAAAAUACAGCGCUUUUUUUGUGCAUACUCUGAGACGGUAUUCAUGUUCAGAUGCCUCUCUGGCAAGCUACAGUAUUUGGGUUAUACAGGUUGAGAAAGUUGUGAUUAGAUGGCAGUAGCAUCGUUUAUAUAGUAUGUGUGGUCAGAGGCAGAAGCAAGAGUCAUCAAUCAAGGACAGAAUGGUAGACUGAGAGGUAAAGUCUGGACAGAUGGGCUGUACUGCAGACAGGAACUCCUUCUCUACGGACCAAAAUAUUCCAGCUGUUCAGGCAGAUGUUCAGAGUGAAAUGGCCAGACUGUAUGGUACUGCUUUUUCCCACCUGGUUUUGAAUAGUUUACAGCUGUCGAAUGGGAGAAAAUGAGUUGCAUUAUAAGCUGAAAGUUCUCCUGCAAGUCUUUUACACUAUAUACAUGUCUGCUUUCACACUAGACUUUGUCCAGAAGCACUUUAAAUGUUAUUAUAGACAAAAUGCAACUUGAUGUCUCCAGACCAAGCCCUUUUCCUUAAUCAUUUUCCCCCAGAUAUCCCACCUUUUAUUUAGUGAUUUCUGCAAAUCAAAAGAUCAGAUGUAUCUUGGAAAUCUCUUAAGCUCUCAUUAAGAGCCUGCCCUUGAGAUCAGUAUGUUAACAGUGCUGGUCCCGUGCAUAUUUCUGUGCCUCUAUCAUCUCUGUGCAUGCCUUAUGCAGAUAUGCUCAACAUAAGGUAGCUAACGCAAAACCGUGGCUACUUGUGCUGAAUUUAACGCAACAUCCCACAGGUGGGAUUACAUGUAGUGGCUGAGGCUGCUAUACAUUUAGCGUCUUAUUGUGGUCCCUGUUUGAGAAGCACAACAGUAAUGUUUACUGUAAAGUGCUAACCCAGGAGGUGACAGGUUGGUAAGAACUUGGCUGGCGUCUGUGUCCAUGCUGUUAUUGUAGUAGUAUUUUGCCCCAGACACCUAUCAUGCAACUCCUAGUAUACCACUGUUCAGCCCCUGGUAAUAAAGAUCUAAUGGCCCAGACAUCUCUCUCUGCUCACUGCUUCUUACUGUCUGACUUCAUCACAGACAUCUGAUGAUACUUCUGUUGUACCUGCAGAAUAGCUGGCAUCUUUCAAUAAGUAGAGAAAAAACAAGGUUUUAAUGUUGUUGAAAAGAGCUUUGAGAAAUUAGAAAAUCAGAUUAAUUGAUCUCAAACUUGCUGAAAGAAGGUUUACUAAAGUUUGCGCAAAUAUUGCAGUUUUACAGAACAAAAUUAUGACCUUAGACUGGCAGUUGGACAUUCCAUGUAUUGUAUUUUCAUUUAUAAUGAGGAAGCAAUGUAAAUCUGGGAACUAUUAGCACCAAUCCAGAUAUUGAUUUUUUUUUUCUUCAGCCAUAUUGCUUGUGUUUUAUCUUUGAUGUAAACAGUUCUGGUCUCUUAUUACUGUAUAGCUUGCAGUUUGCAUGGGUAUUGGAGAGAGAGCCUCUAUUUCUCAGUGAGCCUCGCAGCCUGUCAUUUUAAAGUGACCCGAGUAUUAUUUUUGAAAUGCCUCUAAAGCACAUUUUGAAAAGCACAUUUUUAAAGUAAAAACAAAUAGGAAAUCUAGAACAGAUCAGUGACCCACCAGUACUGGUACAAAGGAGUUUGAGCUAUCAAAAAAGAUUGCGUCAAUAUUUAUCACGAUCAUGUUCUGUUUCAGCCUGUGUGUCCUCCCUCUUGCAGGCUAGCUGGAACAGUGGUUAAGGUACUGGCCCUUGUGCCAGGUGGUUGGAGGUUCAAGCCUCUAGCUCAUUGUACAUCAGCCUGGCUGACUGAAGUCCUUGUGCUUUGUCCUUCAGCUGAGCGGCCUGUUGCAGUGUUGCUGCUGCAGCAGCAGUUUCUGAUGUAUGCUUCACCUCAUUCUCUCUACAUCACUUUGAAUACAAGUAUUUGCCAAAUGACUGCAUAAUUUCUUUUUCACCUGCACUUUUUGUCCUUGGCUUCACACACCAGCUGGUUUUCUUUGUAGUGUGUUGAAAGUCGUUUUGCGUUUAAAUGCUUGAAAAUGAUGGUUCUUAUGUACAGCGACAGGGCCCAGGAUAUUGGCAGCUUCCAUGUAACUCCUGGACGCCUGCUGGGGUGCAUUCAGCCUCUUGCUUCAGUUGUGUUGCUGGUAAACCAUGCUCUAGCUAGGAUUGUGCCAGUAUACGUGCUGUAUUUCCAACAGAAAGAGUUAAGAAAUUGUACCUGAAAGUGUGAUCCUAUAUAGUUUGUGUCCUUUCAUUUUUUUUACUCAUGCUGUUAAGUGUAAAGGUGUGAUGGUGUAAAGGUUAAAAAAAAAAUGGUACAUUUUUGUUUGGGUCUCUGGUUUGUCUACAAACAGCAGAUGCAAAUUGCAUUCCAUUGUCCUGAAAGAGUGGUGGUUCUGUGUGUGCUGGGAGUGCUGCCUCCUGCUGGUUGUGUUGGGUUACUGCACAACUAGGAUGGCAGCCAGCCCACAGAUUCACCACACUGAAAUGGGAAAGUUUUUUUUGUUUCAAGUUGGCCUCUAAACUGAAAUAAGUGAAAACAUGAAUUGAAAUACUUUAAAAUUGCAUCGAAACGCAAGGCUGAUUACAAUAAUACAACAACAUUUACAAUACUUACAGCAUGGAUCCAUGCACAUUUUGGCAAGUGGAAAUCUGAUCAUAAUAAGUGUGAUAUGAGUGCUGGUCUUACAGGUCCCUUUGCAGCUGACCUGCAGAAAAAUCCACUAUAAAAUAAAGGUCAUCUGCCACAUGUUUAAUACUUGUUUUUGCGAUUUUGCAGGAUUUUUUUUUCUUUCAGCGUAGAAGCACUGUGCAAAACUGGUCAUGUCUCUUAUUGUGCCAUUUGUGAAUGCUGAAUUCCUCUGCGCCUACAGAGAUUAGCAUUCUAAUUUAUCUCAGAUGAAGAAUGGAACAGACUCCAAAGAUAUAUGUAUUCUAAUAUUGGUACAGUAUGUUUUAUUUUGUACAAAGUAUGAAAAAGUUGUAACACAGCUUACAUUUUUUUUUAAAACGAAAUAAACGGAUUCUGUAAAAGUU